ACCAGGACUAUCACUACCUGAUAAAUGUAAAGUUGUUCUGCUGUCAGAGGAAGCAGAUCUUUUACUCCAGUAAAAGGCAGUUGUUGAAGGUAACUGUACAUUUACUCUAGAACAAUCGUGAGGUACUUUACUUGAGUAUUUCCAUUCUGUGCUACUUUAUACUUCUACUCUACCUUUCAGAGGCAAAUGUUGUAUUUUUUACUUCACAACAGCUGGAGUUACUUAACCGAUUAAGACUUUACAAAUAAAACACAUGAUCACUUUCUAAAUAUAAUACUUCAACAUUAAAAAGUUAAAGCAUCUGUAAUAAUAUUCCUCUAAUAUGAUGUAGGCCUAUAAAAUAAUAUUGCUCUCUGAAAUGAACCCAACAAGUACUUUUACUUCAUCAAGUUAUGUACAUUUUGCAGUUACUACGUUUUUACUUCCCUGAAAUCUUAUAUUCGUAGGAUUUUUACUUGUAACAGUAUUUUUGUACAGUCAAGAAAUAUUCUGCCUUAAAUAAAUUUGACUGAAGUAUCAAAGUACUGUGCAUUAUAAUCAUUGAUGCAUUAAUGUGUACAUUACUUCAAUGUCGCAGCUGGUAAAGGAGCCGCUAAUUUUAAUCACUUUAUAAUUUAUACUGCAUGGUACUUUAGCUCUUAUCUGAUCUUAAUACUAUAUAAUAAUGUAUUUGUUGAUUGUAUUUUGUAUUACUAAUCUUAAUCAGAGUAACUUAAGGUGUCGAAUGAAUGUAGUGAAAGUACAAUAUCUCCCUCUGAAAUGUGCAGUAGAAGUGAGUUAUUUUCUUCUGUUAUCUAUAACCGACUAAACUAUCUUUCUUUGGUGCGACUGCGCUUCAUUGUCCCUUUCCUCCUAACCUCACAGCUCAUUGAUGAUGAUGAGGAUGGUGAUGAAGGGAACACACACUCUCCAGGCUUCUUUGACGAUGCCACUGAAGACCUGGAGCGCGAGGAGCACAACGACGGCAACUCACAGGAGGACGACAACAGGGGAAACGGUCCACCGAGGAGAUUCAGUAGAACCUGCCUGAGGAAUUUCUUCACGGUGGUGCUCAUCUUCAUCUACCUGCUGCUGACGGGCGUGGCGGUGUUCCUGGCCUAUCAGACCAUCUCGGACUUUUUGGAGAAACUCAACCACCCUGUUAUGUCCGUCACCUACAAAGAGGUCGACUUCUUUUCAGCACCAGGUAUCGCUCUGUAUCCGGGCAAAGCUCGGCUGUUGAGCUGCAAACAUCACGACCACGACUACAUCCCACCUUUAGUGGACCCGGGAAAGCCUCAAGAAGGAGACUGCAGGAUUACAAACGUGACUUACUUCGGGCCGUUUACCAAUCAGACGGAGAAAACAGCUGUGGUGGUCCGCGGCCCAACUGACGUCAGAAGCAAAGAGUUGAUCUUCAUGCAGUUCAGUCACAAUGAAACAGAAGAGGACUUCAGCGCCAUCACUUACAUGCUUUUUGCCAAGUUUAGUGACUUGGCUGACAGUGCGAAUAAAUCACACUUCAUGAGGGAUUGUGAGAGGAAUUACUCCAUGUGGACUUUCUCUGGAGGGUUCAGAACCUGGGUCAAGAUGUCUUUCGUGAAGACGUCUGGGAAAAACAAUGAAGCUGUCGAGUUUCGUCAGGAGUCCGCUGUGGUGAAAUUCAAUGACAAAAGGCCCGAAUCAGAGAAAACCAAUCAGCUCUUCUUCGCCGUCUUUGAAUGGCGGGAUCCUUAUAUGCAAGAAAUCCGACUGAUCGUGACGGCAAAUCCCUGGAACUCUGUCGCCAUUCUGUGUGGCGUCUUCAUGGCUCUCUUCAAGGCUGCAAAUUUUGCCAAACUCACGAUUCAGUGGAUAAUCAGAAUGCGUAAGAGGCAUCUGAGGAACAAAACUCGGGAACUGAACCAAAUAAACUGAAACGUUUUGCAGAAAAACACUGAUGACACAAUCUGACAAGAUCCGAAUCAUCCAAGUGGGUUUUAUUUUCACAAGUCUGUGAUUUUUUUUUUUUUUUUAGGUCAAUACUUAAUAAUCUUUUAAUGAUUGGUAAAUAUUCUCCACACUAGGGAAUGUUUAUUCAUAACAUGUUUUAUAGAUACAGGGAUAUGCUCUAACUGAAUACUAUGAUGGAUUAAUCAUUUCCAAAUAAUGACCAGUUUGACAAGAAUUUAGUGAAUUGUUACUUGUUGCAUUUCAAAAUAUGCUUUGUACGCACGUAAAAUUGUUGCUGAAAGCUGAGGCACUCAAAAUGUUUUAGGGUUUGAGAGCUUUAUAAACGAUGCUUUAAGGUUUGUCCGUUUCAUGUGUAAAACUAAGUAAAUGUGAACUUUGGUCAAAACGUUGCUGGAUUUUAUAAUCGUAUUAUAAAGGGAAUAUUGGAGUAUUUUAUCUUUCUGUCCUACUUUUCUUUCAAGAAAAUAUCCCGUUUGAGUUACAAUGCAUUAGAAAUAUAUUGAUAACUCUAAAGGGAUUAUGAUGAACUACUUUUCUUCUGUCAAAGUGAUCUGCCGUUUUAUUUUUGUUUAAAUCUGUGCUGCCUGAACUUUGUCUUUGUCUAUUGUUUUGAUUUGAAAAUAAUGUAAAAAAUAUAACGCUAUAUACAUUGUUGUUAAAGUUCACUUGAAUGAAUGUCUUAAUUGUGUCGUUUUUCAAGAUUGUAUUUCACACGCUAUGUUGUUAGAAAUGUUGGAAAAUAAAAUGUUAUAUUUCUGUCUGAA